UAAUUUUUUUUAAAAUGGCAUGUCAUAUUUAUGUUAAUUAGGUAGGCGUGGCAGCAGAUUUGCGCUAUAAAAACUCUCUCGCGCGUCUCAGUCAGUCCCAUCUCCUCUGCAGCAAGAACUGAUUUCUACAGGUCAAUAUAAAAUACACGUAGCUCUACUCCAAAAUGUCAGACGAAGGAAAACUUUUUGUUGGAGGCCUGAGCUUUGAUACCAACGAGCAAGGUUUGGAGGACGUGUUCGCCAAGUAUGGACAGAUCUCUGAGGUUGUUGUCAUCAAGGACAGAGACACUCAGAGAUCGAGAGGCUUCGGUUUUGUUACCUUUGAGAACCCAGAUGACGCUAAAGACGCAAUGAUGGCUAUGAAUGGAAAGUCUGUUGAUGGCAGACAGAUCCGUGUUGACCAGGCAGGGAAGUCCGGUGGUGGUGGAGGAGGAUACAGAGGGGGCCCACGUGGUGGUGGCGGCGGCGGUGGAUUCUACCGUGGCGGCCCCAGAGGCGGUGGAGGAAGGGGUGGCCGUGGCUUCUCAAGAGGGGGUGGUGGUGGUGGUGACAGAGGAUACAGCAGCGGUGGACGCUUUGACAGAAGUGGGGGAUACUCCUCCUCUGACAGAGGCUAUUACCAGAGGGAUCGGGGACAAGGAGGUUAUGGUGAUCGUUCAGGUGGCUCCUACAGGGACUACGACAGCUAUGCUUCACACGAGUAAAAAUCCUUCCUGCAUCAAGACCGACCUUCCAAUGGCUGUAUUUAAAAGAUUUUUUGGAGCUUCGCAGAAUCCAUACUUGUAGUACCUACAUGUGUUUUAUAUUCUUGGUUUGUAGUAUCAGUUCUGUCCUUGUUAAACGCAGCCUGACAGCUUCAGACAUGAGAAUGCACGCCCUGUUACACUUUUUCAUUUUUUAUAGGGUUUGUUUUAAAGCUCCAAUCACCAUUUUUAGGGUUCUCAACCUGAAUUGUUUAUUUGAAAAGCACUUUAUUUCCAAAGGCUUUUUGUUUUUUAAUUUUCCCCUUUGACCCCCCCCUGUUUAAGUAGUCCAUUGGAUUGGGUGGGGUGAGGGGGGGGGGGGGGGAGAGCAUAAAAAGCAAGAGGGAGUAAGUGUCAACUUUCCUUUUUAGUCAUUCUGUUCUUGAGAGUUUAAAAAGGAAUUUGAGCAAACUGAUGUUCUGAAGAAGCUGAACAAGCUGUGGUGUAUCCUAAAGUUAAAUUGAAUAAAAGGGCUCAAUGCCAUUCUGGUUCUUGUAAUGUAUUCCUUUAGUGUGUCAAAGGUGGGCUGCAACCAGGCUGCAGAGAUGAAUGCAGACCACCUUGAUGCAGCUAAAGAUUGAAAGAGGUGGGGGAGGGGGGGGGGGGGGAGAGAGAAUUUAAAGAUCAGUAAAAAGAAAUCGACUCUGCUUUGUGUAUUUACCAUGUGCACGUCCUGUCAACAAACAAGGUUAUUUUUCUGUAACGUGAAGUGUCAACGAUAUGGAGUUGAGCAAGUAUCUACUAGUUUAAAAAAAAAAUAAAAGAUAAGUUAAGAAAUUCUUCUUGCAAAUGUAUCUUUUAUAUACUGUCCUUUUUACUGGAAGACAAAUGCAUAUUCCAAUCUAAGCAUUGUAUUUUGAAGUGGUUCGGAAAAACUUUUUUUUGUAUUGAAAACAUUUUUGCUUUACGAAGCCUAUUAAAAGAUCGUCUGAAUUUA